AUGGUCAACCAAAAAGGAAAUCAUCAAAACCUUAGACAUCAGAGCCACUACCAUCUGCAACAUCAAGGAGUCCCUAGGAAACAAAAUAGCAGUUCCUCAAAUCAGCUCGUCGACAAAACCAUAGAGCAACCAACCACAAGAAUGCAAUGGUUCGACUACAUAAUAUUUCAUUCUUCUCAUAACAGUUUUACAAAUAACAAAUUGGCAAUGUUUUGGAUAAUUUUAGCUCUAGUAAAUUUAAAUUUUAUCGACAACGCUUAUGGAGAACAUACUCUUAAAGCACUGGGCCAGUUUAACAGUUCUGAUAGAGAUUACACUCCUGAACUGAAUUUUUUAACGAUUGAAUAUGUGGAAAAAUCGCUGGUUGGGACAGAUUUUCACUUCAACUUCAAGAAAGUUAAUAGAACUCAAUUUACUUUGAAUGCUGAAUUUGAUUUGUUACAAGAUUUAGAUGGAAACAAAAUGGAAAUAGUUUCGGAAUUAUAUGCCCUGGUACACCAUCAUUACAAAUUUAUGGGCCUCCGACUGGAAAACAAUGCUUGUCAAAUGUGGAAAACAAAUUACUGUAUGAUGAAAAGUAUUUUGAAAAAAUAUACCAAUAUUGAUGCUUGCAAUAUUACAAAGAAACGCUACUACGUCAAAGAUUUCGUGUUCGAUUCGUCCUUCUUCCCUAAAAGUGUACCACUAGGAUCUUUUAAAGCAUUAAUUACCGCUAAAGCUGAUGGCAAGAAAAUUCUAGAAAUAGCUUACUUUCUGAGAAUGAACUAUUAUGCAGGCUGGCAAAAAGAUGCUUCAAACCGAUUAAACAUCAGAGUACUUUAA